UUCUUAACUUAACUUAAUCUAACAUUGGAGCUAAGCAACUAAAAACAUAGGGAAGUUACUGUUUUGUUAAAAUAAAAAAAUAUAGGCCUAUAUGCAAGCCGGUUUAAAUUUCAGAAGAUAACGCAUGGAGGAAAGGGACGCAACUUCAAAUAUACACAACUGAGAGACUUCAACAGGAAACAAAAUGCCCCUUUUUGGCCCAAAGUUCACCCCAAAGAAAACACCACCUCGGAGAUCAUCGUCUCUGAAUAACUUAAACAAGCUUGAGAGUUCUAUCCGAGAGGAAGAAUAUGGAUUACAGUACGAUGUCGCCCGACUCAAACUAGGUGGACAGGAACUCAAGUUUGAUAAAGAAAAUGGUGUCUGGAUAUCAGAUGGAGGGGGAGGAGGUGGUGGUGUAAGCCAGCGAGAAUUUAUGAAAUUGCGAAAGCAAAACCAGAAUUUACUUGAGGAGAACAACUUGUUGAAAUUGAAGAUGGAGGUCCUUCUUGAUAUGGUAAGUAAAAAUGGUGCCAACGGCUGUCAGUAAGCCUACUCAAUUACA